AUGCCUCCCCCACCUCAGCGCAAACCAGUCAACGCCAACGCCCAUGUCCGCUCGCACUCCCAACCACAACCACCAGCAGCAGCACACACCCGCGCAGUCCAACCCCGAGCACCACCACCAAUGCAAUACCAGGCCGUGCAGCAUAAUGCCCACGUCCCCCUCCAUCACCCGCAGCCUCAUCCAGCCCCUCGACCCGUCUCCCUCCCGGUGCAGCCUCGCGGCGUGCAGCCCUAUCCGGGAUCGGCACAGCCAAUGUACCACACGCAAGUCAGCCAAACCCAACUGAACCAGGUUCAGCAUAAUCGGGUGCAAAGUCUGAAUACCCAGGUUCAGCAUCACCACCACCAUCAUAACCAUACUCCGCCGCAACAACAACAACAACGCGCGCCCCCAGCCCCGCAGCGAGCACCACCACCCCAGACCAGAGCCAUGCAGCCUCAGCCAAAGCCUCAACCCAAACCUCAACCACAGCGACAGCAGCAGCAGCAGCAACAGGCAAACAGCUCCGCCCAAAUAGCGCGAUCCAUGCAGAAGCAACUAAACGCGCAAUCCGCGGCGCAACAAAAGCACCUCGCGCAGCAAAACGAAAAGACACGCAAGGAAAUCGCCAAACAGUCUGCAGCGCAGCAGAAGAACAUGGCCAAGCAGACCGAGAAGGCGCGACAAGACGCAGCCAAAAACGCAGCGAAACAUAAUGCCGCGAUGCAGAAGCAGUACGAGCGCGAUCGGUCUGCGAUGGAGAGGCGCGAGGAUAUGCGCGAGCGCCAGAUGGGGCUUGAGAUGGAGGAGAUGAGGUAUAUGAAUGAUAUGCAGAGACAGGAGUACCAGAAUUAUAUCUGGCAGCAGCAGCAACAGCAGCAGGAGAUGAUGAUGGCUCAGCAGCAGCAGCAGCAAGGGGAGAGGGAAGACCAUAGGAAGGAUCUGGCUGGUGUUGCGGCUGGUGCUGCGGCCGGGGCGGCGCUGGGUGUUGGUGCUGGUCUUGCGUGGGAGAGAUGGCGCCAGGAGGAGGAGGAGGAGCAGCAGCAGCAGCUUGAGGAGGUCUCGAGUGAGGAGUCGGAGCCUAGCAGGGGGUAUCACAGUCCAGAGCCAGAGCCGGAGCCCUAUGUUUCCCCUGCAAUGCCAUCACAGGGAGGGGACGACGACGAUUGUUUCCCUGGCCCUGAGAGACUGGCCAAUAAUAUCUGCUAA